AUGUGGUUGAUUCUUAUACUAUUAUUUAAAUUGUUAGUUGUAUCAUUAUCAGAAGAAGAUAUAAAUAAUUGUUAUUUUAAUGUAUUUUAUUCUAAUGGAAGUCAAUAUAAUUGUUUAGAUGAAGAUUGUUAUAAAUAUAUAGAUAUUGUAUCAUUAGAAGAUCAACAAUGUCGAACUAAUUAUAUAUCACUUAAAUUUUCAUCUUAUUUAACAUAUAGAAAUUUUCUUGAAAUAACUUCAUUAAAAACUCCUCUUGCUUCUUUUUUUUGUAACGGUCGUCCAAAUCUAGAACGUCUUCUUCAAAUUGAAUUUCAAACUCCAUUUAUUAAUGAUGAACCAUUUAAAAUUGACCAAUUUAAUAUCUUAUCUCGUUCAAUAUCAAAUAUCGAUACAUUAGAAUUUAUAUUUAAUGGAUUUAUUUCAAAUAAUAAUAGAACUUUAUUUAUUGAUAAAAAUAUGUUUAUUAGUAAUGAGCAAAAUAUAAUUGAUACAUUAAGAUUAAUAUUUAAUUGUAGUCAAUAUGAAAGAGUUGAAUGGGAAUUAAUUAAAUCUAUAAAAAGUCUACCAGAAUCUCCAUGUCCUCAACAAAUUCAAUUUAUUAAAAAUGAUUUUACUAAUAAUUAUAAUUUAAUUAUUCUAGUAACUCUUAUUACAUAUUUAUCAAUAAUAAUAAUAAUUGCUAUUAUUAUUAUUAUUUUAUUUAAUAAUAAUUAUUAUUUAAAUCAUAGAUUAAAACAAAUAUCGAAAUCAAAUAGUCAAACAGAAUUAAUUAAAAUGAUUGAACGAUUUUAA